UUCCUGCAUCCGCCAUGGGCUCUUUUCAUUCGCAAUCAUCGAUGCGGGCAUCACUAGGGUCCCUUCAGUCAUUGAGCACGCAAUACCGACCCGCUUAAUCUGCCUCAUGGCUGCCUCGCCUGUUCUUGACCGGACGUCUCCGCUGCCAAGCCUUCGAAGAACGAUGCAAGAGUGCUUUCCACAACGUAUAAGGCCUUCCCAGGCCCCUUCAAGAAGAUACAGUUCCUCAUGAGCAACGCGACCCUCGGAAAGGCACGUUGCACAAUAUGCGGCUUUUCGCCAAAUACGAAGCCACAAGCGGGGCUGAGCAGGCACUUUUCGGCCUGGUCGCUCGAUUGGACUCUUUGAGAAAGUACAUUCCCAUGGCAGAUGAUCAGAAAUUCAGCAUCAGUGGUGGCCUGGUGGAGAUUGCGGCCCUCACCGCUCUUAUCGGUGGGGCUACGGCUGAAUCGCUUGCCUUGGGAACGCGAGGAGCUGCUGGACUACCAUGGGCAGCGCUCAGCUCUUUCGGAUCUAUCUUCCUUGUCAAAGCCUGUGUGGCGGCUUCUACGCCUGCAUGGUUGCGGGAAACAAUCGGCGUGAGGACCGCGGGGUCCGAUGGCGCGGUUGGUUGCGCUAAGAGACUGGACGCGAGAGCGAAAGGCGGUCGGAUGUCUGGGGAGCCUGUUGGUAUCAUGGUGGAGUGCGAUAAGGAAAAUGAGAGUGCGGGCUCCUCGAUCAGAUGGGAUACCUUCGAGGAGGUCUAUGCAUUCGAUGAGUGGACUGGAGGCCCACUACGCUCUUGUGCGGCCCUCGAUCAAGGCGAGCACCUCCGCGCACACUUUUAUAUGCGAGACCCGCAGUGGGCGCCCCUCCAUCGCUCGCUCAUCAAGGCCGACUGGCUAUACACUGCGUCGACCCUGACUAAGGUCGUUGAGAUGUACCUGCUGUAUCACUAUGGAUCCUUCUAUAUCUAUUGGAUCACUGGAGUGUCUUGGGCCUACUUCUUCCUCGGUGCGGUUAUCCUGCAGCUCUUUGGCUUAAGCAGAGCAUUGCCGUCAGACAAGCAGCACAAGUGUGUCGACCUGGUAGCCGGGAAACUGCCUACACCGCAGAUCGCAGGCGGGCAGCGCGGGGUGCUCCUCGACGUCCCUAUCAAUGUCCGGAAGCACCUGAUAUGGCGAGGUGUCUGGACCGGCGGCUCGUUCAUCUGCGUCGGCUCGCUUAUAGCUACGUAUGUUGUUCUUAGCAAGGAGCCUGCACUGGUGUUCCAGAUCUGGUUGACCUUUCAGAUUCUCUGGCUCGCGCUGCGUUCCCUCUUCUUCCACUUCGCGAGCCGGACGGACAGUAUAGCGCGGAUCAUCACCCCGGUCAUCACCGAGAAGUACCGACCCGCGCACCUGAACUUCCGACUCCUUGGCUUGUCUACCGCCAUCUCAAAGUAUCAGAUACUGAAUCAUCCUCGCGGAGCUUAUUGCUACGCGGACGAUGCGCAGGAUCCCACAAUCAUCAAGGCGCUUCUGGAUGAUGCAGGGAUGACUUUCCUGGAUCACCUCCCACUUCCUGAAAAUACGGCUGUAGGGUCUAUUCUAGACAUGCGUGUCAUCGCCGUCUUAGGCGACACCAUGUUAUCAAGCGCAGCCUGGCUCAUUGGCUCACCGCUUACCGGCAUGGACCUGUAUGACAGCUGCAUCCUCAUCCUUCGCUGCGCCUCCCAAAACAAAACCCUCCUUGUCCCCGCAUGUCGCGUCCUCUCUGGCCGCAUCGACCUCGAGGAAUCCCUCCACGACCCCGAACUCACAGCAUCUUCCCAAUUCCUUCCCAAAGGUGUGUCCAACAGCGGAAAAGAUAUCAGCUGGUGGUACUGGAUCCCGUGCGGAGGGGAUACGUGGCUGCACUAUCACACGCCGUGGGCAACGGCGGCAGAGCAGCGGCUGGGUGUAACAGGGAAGAGGGAGAUGAUGGUUACGAGUAGCGAGGAAAUCACGGAGACGUUGAGACACGGGGAGCUGAUGGUCAGUUUGAAUGGGGUGAAGGAUGUGGAGAGUGUGCUUGAGAAGUCGGUUGCUGCGGCCGGAGUUUUGAGGGAGAUGAUGUUGGGGGCGCCGGCGUACUGAGGACAGUGCCUUGAGAGAGAAAUAGGCUUCCAGAGUCGUGCUCAGACAAUUCCCGAGAUUGACUUGGUGGAUCGAGCACUGGGACUUGCUGCGCUUGUGUUUGGCUUGUUUAAAGUUCUAUACUCUCCUGCGUGCGGGUGGGGAUGAAGCGCCUCGAUCAUGAUCAAUGGUCUACUAGGUACCUGAAUAGCAUUUCAUUACAUCUCA